GUGGUUCAUCAACAAGAAGGAUUAAAAUAAAUUCUCUUGAAACAAGAUUAGGCAAAACCAUCGCAUGCUGACUUUUGGACUCUCAGAAAGAAGAGAUAAAGAAAAUCGAUGGAGGGAGGAAAUAAUCAUCGAUUUUAACCAAAACACUUCAGGAAACUGACAGGAGUCGUCCUUGACUUGUCCACCAAGGGUUGCUGGCCUUAUCUACCCUUUCUGACUUUAUGAGACAAGAAGGAUAGGAGCUUUUGCCACCCCACUAUGUAGGAAUUUAAGACAGUGCAGCUGAGAAGUACUGUAGUUCUCUCAUAGCUUUUGGUCUAUUUAAUUGGAAAUUUGGUCUCUGCUAGUUACUCAAAGUUCAAACAUGUUGCUACUUGUCGCACUGCUGUACCCGAGUUUCUUGUUACCAUGUCUGAACAGUGUUAACGGAGAGGGAGCAGCAGCUAGAACCGUCUACAUGGAGGAAAGUUGGAUGAAAACAACAAAUAAAAUUGCGACUUACUCUAGCGAAAAAGAAAGGUUCCUGGCCACACCAGGGACUAAGGAGUUACUCAGGGCUCAAAACGAAUCACCAGCUAAAGGUAAUGUACUAGGGUACAUGGAGAAACCCUACCAGGUAACAUCCUGGCCGGCCGUCAAGCAGAACGUCCACACCUUGUUCACAAACGACUUCAAGGACGUCUUGCCACCGACAUCUCGGUCGCCCAGUGAAGCAUUGUGGGAGUACACACAGGUCAAAGAUGGCCAGUCUCCUGAACAGAAUGAAGCCCGAAUCUGCAAGGAGAGAGCCAGGGAAUUAGAAACAGCACAGGAAUUUCUUCUUGAAAAUCUUUCCAUGCAGUUCCCACCCUACGUGCUCCAUUUAUGGCACGUGUUGUGCUGACGUGUCCAGGAAGACCAUGCCCCGCUGGCGCUGGACAGGAUGCGCAGGAAAGACGUUUUACGCCAUAGUGAGGUGCCCCGAGUCGUGGACAGACAACGAGACGAAAGAGAAAUGCGAGACUGGACAGGGAGCCUACACUGUAGAGGAACCAGUCACUGACCUGCGCACGCACGUGACGUACCGGAACAAGUUUUGUGCUCGAUGUCACGAGGUUGGUGCGUACGAGUCAUGGCCGCUGAAGUGGUGUGCAGUCACUUUCAGUCGGUCUAUCGAGCUCUUACGGAGGAGGAGUUUGUCGACAUGGCGUCCAAAAGCCUUCUGUCUGCAACAUGAAGCGGGUUCCUCCUGCUGCUUUGUCUCCACCGACAUGUCCCUCACAUGAAUGGCUGUCUGCAGUCGGGUCAUGCAACAGGACAGGACGAUGGGCGGCAGAAGAUUACGACAUCAAUAUCGAAGACAACUGUGUCAACGGUUGCAGGGGAUUCCCCUUUCGAGUGCAACUCUGCGGAGUCGUUUAUGAGAACGCGUUCUGCGCAAUGUGCAGCGGGGAAGAUGCUCAGACCUGUGAUCGUCCUUCCGGCGGUUGGGGGCCUUUUAGCCCCCGCUUUUUCAGGACCGCACCACUAUCCCUGCUGCUGGGACUGGCUGGCAGAAGUCCUCAUCCUACCCGGUCACACAGCUGCUUCACUGCGCAGGUCCACGUCACGGGAUGACCGACCUGAAACCAGGAGAACCUUCAGGAACAAGGACUGCGCCGCGUGUCACAACGCCAGCUCGCUGGUGACGUGGAGACGAGCGGUGACGUGUAAAGUAUUCCAGCACGUGUACACCGCGAGGUCAGAAGAUGACCUCCUCCGUCUGGCGUCAACAGGGAGUCAGACCACGUGCGAUGUCCACUACACCCCACCCAAAGGUGAGAGUCUUUUGGAAUGUACAGGUACACUUUGGUAUUUUUCUAACAUCAUGGCUACGUGCAACACAACAGGCUUGUGGUCGGACUACGACAGCGAUGUUGAAGAGGGUUGCCUGAAAUUCCUCAGUAUUUACGUUUGUAUCAGGGGUCGCGAGGGUAGAGUGUAUCAAAACAUUUUCUGUGCUGUGUGCAAUGGCGAUAAGCCGCUAGUUACAGAUUGUAUACAGUGGACACUACCGAGCUUCGCUGCUGUCCUCUCCAACCGUCUGCCGCCUCUGACGCUGCUUCUGGGUCUGGCAUCGCCACCACCUCAGGGAGGAGCGCGACAGUCUGUGGAGUGUGCCAGCCACCAGUGGCAGACAUCGGAAGGCGUGUGUCGCAACCUGACCUGCCCAGCUGGCAAGUUGUUGGACGCGGAGAACAGCACGUGCAGCACGGCGCUGGCGAAUAUCCGGGGCCUGACGUACAAGCUGAACAUCAACCUCGUUCCCAGCACGGAACUCGCCUUGAAUACAUCCAGGAAUGAGUCUUUGCGGGAGCUGGUACUGCAACUUCAACGGCAACUCGAAAAUAAAACACAAAACUAUGCUUAUGAAUACGUUUUCACGAUCACUUUAGAGUUAUUUUUUUCUAGCUCUACAGAACAGGCAAAGAUAGUCAAAAUAAUGCUUACAGGGGACAUAACAUCGUCAAGGGAGAUAAAAAGGGACAUAGCUGAGGGUUUCUUGGUUCAGAAUCUCCUCAUAGACGAUUGGAUUCUGGAGAGGUUAGAUUUUAAGGAAAACGUAACUCUUAUUCAGCACAUCGAUAUAGAAUCGCUCCAAAACACCACCACACCGACAGUUGACGAGAAUGUGACUGUCUACCACACUAACUAUAGAAGCUGGGCUGAGGACGCGUUGAAAGGCCUGUAUGUAUUGCGAACGCAACGAGUAAGGCUUUUAUAUGCACUGGUGAAGUCCGCGCUCUCAAGAGAUAAUGUUGACAUUCCCGAAUCUUUGAAAAUAAAAAUGAGCCCCUUACUUUUGUGCGCCUACGUCCAACUCUCGAGGGACGAGUUCAUGAUAAGGGAGGGGGCAGAUGGCCAGAAAAGACUGGUCGUGGUUAGCGAACAUGAGGAGGCGGAGUUAGACAGUCUGUUGUACGUGAGGCUGGAGGACAACGAGGUGCUCAACGUGUGCAUAGAAACAUUAGAAGCUCUCAAAUAUGUCCCUAAGGUCAGGUCCUCCCCGCUGUGGCAACACCUCCUGUCCUGGAUCGCCAUCCCCAUGUCUAUUCUCUGCGUGGUCCUCACAUUUGCUGUCUACGCCUUACUUCCGGCGUUGCGCACGCAGCCGGGGCUAAACGUGAUGGGCACGUGCGCCGCUCUCUUCGUCGCGCAGGUGGCGCUGAUGCUGGCGUCAAACCUUCAGACCUCUGGAGUGUGGUGCCAGGCCCUGGGGAUCUUAGUUCACGAGGCUUGGCUGAGCGUCUUCUGCUGGAUGGUCGUGUGUUCCAUGCACAUGUUCCAGGUGUUCUCUGCCAAAACUCGCCACGAGUCCAGGUCGCUGAUCUGGAAAACUACGCGCAAUAUCGCGGUGUCCAUCGCACUUCCGGCUGUCGUGGUGGCGCUAGUAGUCGCUGUCUCGUACGUGCAAUCGAAAGGCGAGUCUAUCGGCUACAGCAGCGAGUCUUGUUUCCUGAGCUCGCAGCUGCUGGUGGGAACGGCCAUGGUGCUGCCACUCACUGUCAUUGUGGUGCUCAACCUGGUGCUGUUCUUGCUGACAGUCAGGCGAAUCCACGAGGUGACGAAACUCAAGCCACACUCGGACUCCAGGCCGGAGUCGCACCAGCACGUGUGGGUGUGCGCGCGCCUGUCGAUGCUUACCGGCGUCAUGUGGACGCUGUCGCUCCUGUCAGAAGGUCUUGAUCUGGACUGGCUGCGUGGUCUGUCCAUCCUAGCUAAUGGCGGGCAAGGAGUUCUUCUGUUAAUCUCUUACGCCACCUCUCGCCGCGUGCGCAUGCUGCUGUACGCACGUCUCGGGCAUCGUGAUGACAUCACGUCGAACACACGGUCGACAACCGACAAACUCUCGUCAACCGUUGUGUCCACUAUUCACAGCUUAGAACAUAAACCGUAACCAGCGCAGCACCUUCAUACUGUGUCUGUGGCAUCCUUGAGGGGUUAGCUUGAUUGAUGGUUGGUUUCCAUCACAGAAAAAAAUAUAAUGUAGGAAACAAAUAACACAACAACAAUAACGACAAGGACGACGACGAAUGAACUGAAAGAAAAAACUGGUGUUCAUAAAUCAGAUGAGGUAAUGACGUACGAAGAACGUCAACAAAUGUUGAUUUCAGAAAGUAGCAAAUUUCUUAGAAUAGGAAAUAAAAACUACAGUUCAAUUCUCACAUCAAAAGUUGAACUAAAAGCAUGGCUAAAACGGAAAAGGAGACGAGAAUUAUCUUUUUUUAUGUAUACAAUUCCCAUAAAUAAACAGAAAUGAGGUCUAACAAAGUGUAAUUUGAAAUGUUAAUUUUGUUUAUCCCUGUUUCCUUUUUUAUUUACGAAACUUUAUCGUGUUUAUCCACUUUGCCGUGGCUUUUGUAUUUAACCAGCCUUGAAAAGUUCAACGCACAGUCUGAUGACUUUCUUUUUCCAUUUCACUGCUAAUGUUUAAACACGUUUACUGUUUACAACCAGACAAUGCUAAUGUGUCAACAAUCUUACACUAUCUACAGUCACGUGACUUGCUAGACCAGCUGCUAGCCUGGCUCUUUGUCGUUGGUUAUUACAGUUGUUUGUAAGACAGGGAGAGCAGGGGGACAGUUUUUAACGGUAAGAGUUGAGGCCUCACUCACUAUGUGGUCCCUACUCCCCACUAUAAGGGCGAGAACUGAAGUCCGGCAAUCGUCCACUGGCUGUCCCUGUCUUUAAAUGAUUUAAUGAGAAGCAUUAAUCACAUCAUCCAAACAUUUUACCCCAGUUGGUCAAAGGGUUAACAUUUUACCUCAUUUUCACACAGCUAAGAGAAAAAGCAAAGGGCUGUGUUACUUUUCUGGUAUUGGGGACUAAAGGCUGUAUUUUGUACAACACUCUGUUCUUAAAAAGGCAGCUUCUAUGCAAGUCAUAUUUUUGUUGUCAGAAGAAAUCGCCGAACUGAAUAUGUCUGUCUGUUGCUGUGCAUGUACCUAACGAUUCCGAAAAGGCAUUUUUAAAGAGAAAAACUUUUAAACAAAGUGCUUGUUGCGGUGAUCUUCCGAAUUCUUUUGCAAAUGUCGGGUCAAGGUCAUGAACAGUAAUUGGCCUUUACAAAUUAACCAAAGUUGAGAAUAUUCAACAGAACUGCAAGUCAGUCCAAUCCAGUCGAGUCAGUCGAGUCAGUCGAGUCAGUUCUCUUCAGUUCACCAGUCAGUCCCUUCCGUGUCGGCGAGCAGAGUUCACGUGUCACACCCGUAGAGCAGGAUCGUCACUACCAGGGAUUUGCACAGAUUGUAGUUGGCAGUGAACCUUAUCUUAUGGCUUUGCCAGAUCCUAUCCAGUCUAGUCAUUGCCGCUGUUGCUGUCACGAUCCUGAUGCGGAUAUCUGGCGUGGAGAUGCCGUCCUUGGAGAGUGUGGCUCCUCAGUACUGACCUCUUGAAGCUGUACCCCGUUCAAACAAGAUCCCUGCUUUGCCGCUGUCAUUGACCAUAACUUAGCUCAUUUCAGUGUUGGUCUCAAUUCCAUAUGUAUUUGAACUGUUGGUGAGGUCUUGCCGUUCUUUGUCAGUAACUGCGAACAAAUCUUUGUCGUCUGCAAAGUAUCGGUUGCAGAUCGGUCUUCCACCAAUGGAAAUGGAAGGGUGAUGGUCGUGGAGACCUUCGAGCAGGAUGUUCUCCAAGAAGAUAUGAAAGAGCACCGGUGAUAGUGGACAUCCUUGACGUACGCCUAAUGUGGUGUGAAAGUAAGCUCCUAUUUGGUUGUUCAGCAUUAUGUACUAGUGGAGCUAUUGUACAGCACUUCACGACUUGAACGAUGCCUUCUUCCAUGAUGAAUUUUAGCAUAGUACUGUAUGUGGGGCAGUUUAUCGGUUUAUCAGUCGAGCAAACGCUAGCUAUCGCUACCCUCACACAGUUAAUAUCUCUGAUAACUGACGUGUCGGAUUUAAUCUCAUAUAUGUGAGGUGAGAUUCAUUCAAAUAUAUGAACUAAACGUCUCGCUUCAUAACCGAUUAUUUUACAUAUUACAUAAAUAUUAAGAAUACCACAGAAAAUGCUACGUAAAAUUCAACAACCACAUAAUAAGGUCAUAGUAAACAUUAAUAAUGGCAUGGUGCGCAUUUUUAUAAAUUCAUAGUAAGCAUUACAUAACAAGGUAACAACAAGCGUUAGGUAAAGUUACAUAGUACAUUACACAAUAACAGUUAUCAUAAGAAUAGAAAGUGUAGCAGCUUCUGCAGCCAUUUGCAGAGGUUUAGAAGUUUUCAAGCAGGUACGGCCCCACUCACCUCCCCGGUGGUGGACAGCGGGUGGUCGCACUCAAAUCGCUCGUUUAAAUUCAAAGUAUUUCAUGGACUAUCAGGAACAGGAAUAUCACUUUUAAUAUCACAAUAAAGAAGAACUUUUUGUAAUGUGUUUAGAGCUUUUCUUUGUUUUGUGUGACUGGGGAAAUACUUAGUGUUUUGCGAGGAUACAUGGUACCCGGCACAACAAUCGACAAGGCGCGCGGUGGCCAUUGUCCAUGUGUCGGGUAGCGCGUUCUGAUGGUUGGGUCGGUAUUUGUGUCGGUAUAGGUUGC